AUGCCUUCAGAACUUGAAGAGCUUGUGGGCUUCAUCGCCAGCCCGGAUCCUCGAAUCCGAGCGGUUGCCAUCGAGAAUUUAGUCCCGUAUUCAGCAUCACAACCGUCAAUCUUCAAGAUCAAUGAAUUAUUACCAAUUCGCAAUCUUAAGGUCUUGGUGCAGGACAGGCCACAAAUCGCCCAACAUGCCUUGACUAUACUUGUGAAUCUGGCUGCAGAUACCCAGAUUCUUGAAUAUUUGGCAUCAGAUGACAGAUUCCUCGCCGUCAUUUUUACCCGUAUAGUGAACCCGUCUGAACCAAAUGCGAAUUUAUUUGCCAUGCUGUUAGCGAAUCUGGCAAAAUGGGACGGGCUCAAGAAUAUCCUGGAUCGGAAACAGAAGGCACCAGAGUCGCUCGGGUCGGAUGAGCUCGUGAUGAACCAGCUCGUGGAUCUCUUUGUCAAGGGCGCGGAUAAAUCCUACAACAAGGACGCCGACUACGACUAUCUGGCGUACCUUUUUGCAGACCUGGCCAAGCACGCCGAGGUCAGACAGUACUUUGUCACGAGACAAGGAUACGACGAUGUGAUCCCGUUGACCAAGCUGAAGGUCUUCACAGAGCACAAAUCCGAGAUCCGACGGAAAGGAGUAGCGAGCGCCAUCAAGAACGUCGCCUUUGAUGUUGCGUCACACCCUUCUUUCUUCUCUGAAGACGAGAUACACAUCCUCCCAUACAUACUGUUGCCGAUCAUGGGGAGCGAAGACUACGACCCCGAGGAGAUGCUGGAGAUGCUUCCAGAGCUACAGCUUCUGCCCCCAGACAAGGAACGGGAGACCGACCCAACCAUCAUACAAACCCAUGUGGAGACGUUGAUGAUUUUCACAACAACUAGGAAAGGCCGUGACCAUAUGCGAGAGAUCAAGGUCUAUCCUGUGGUUCGAGAGACACAUUUACGUGUGAAAGACGAGGGCGUCCGCGUGGCCUGUGAGCGGCUGGUGCAGGUGCUGAUGCUGGAUGACGAGGUUGAGGGCGAAAAUGGGCCACGUGUGGUGGAACUGGAUGAUGACGAGGACGAAGACGAUGAUGACAACAAGGUGGUUGAGGUUUGA